ACAGGCAUUGAGUACCCGUACAAACUCAAGCUUAUAUGGACGUCCACAUACAGGGGCGGCACAGGCAGUACUCGCAACAAACAAAUUAUAGCUUUCGAUAACUUUAGUCUAUCGAAAGAAUGUUUUGGAAUCGGUAUGCCUCCGCCGCCGAUGCCCUCCACUGUGCCCCCACCAGGGCUACCUUUCCAAAUACCAAACAACACGUCAUUAAAAAGCUUUAAAUUGACAACUUGUGGUUCUAUGGGUCGGACGGGACCCACAUAUAAACAGUGCGAACAGUUUUACUUAAAUAGUAUAACGAGAGCCGCAGUGAUGGACAGCUCAUCUAUUAUUGUGAACGGAUCUCAGAUGUGGACAAUACCUCAAACCGGAUACUAUACAAUCUUCGCUCGAGGUGCAAAGGGUGGACACGGACUCCAUAUGAACAGCAGUGGAGGGAACGGAGCUUUAGUUCGCUCAGUGUUUAAGUUUCAAGAAGGAGACACUAUUUUCAAUAUCAUUGGACAGACCGGUGCCGACGCUUGCGGUCGAAGUGAUUUGAUUCCAAAUCUAAAAAGCAAAUGUCUGUCUAAAGUGAAUCGAAACCUAAAUAUAGUUAAUAUUAAAAGUAUGAUCAAAGACGUGGACCAGUCUAUGGGUGGGGCAGGAGGUGGUGGAGGCGCUACUUAUAGACUGCACGGAAGGGGUUUAGAACAUAUGGUGAACAGUAAAGGUUCGGUGGGAGACGGCGAUGGAUCGGGCGGCGGAUGGUUUUCAGACCCUUUAGUCCAAAGACUUACGUCUGGCUCUUCAUUACUGUCUGGCGCUGAGGGAGGAUAUGUUUGCGAUCUAACCCACGACUGGUCAACCAAUGGUGGCUUUGGCGGAGGCGGAGGCGGAUGCGUUAGUGGAGGCGGAGGCGGAGGCUAUCAGGGGGGCAACUCUUAUGAUAGCGGCCGUGGAGGUCAAGGCGGCACCUCUUUCGCGAAGAAAGGGUUGUAUUUAUCGCUUUCAGCUAUAAAUGAGAAUCGAUUAGGAAAUGACAGCGAAAGGGAUGGUUUGGUCGCUAUAUUCCCGCAAAUUGAAAAUUGUUGUAACGAUGGGUUAUAUCCUUGUGUUGUAACGGGAGAGACACCCGAUGUGUUGAGAUAUCGCAAGUCGUGUAACAGUGAUAACCGUUCGGGCGCUGAUAGGAAUGGUAGGGAUGCGAGCGCUUCUCAACUCUUGUCCAACAGUUCCACUGAUGUCCAGUUGAGUCGUUUAAGACACGGACACAUUAUUACCGAAUAUAAUCCCAACUACGAGUUCGGGGGCUCGACCUGUACUCUACAAGACCUGAGAGAAGUGCCCCGAGAGAAGCUCACACUUAUUAAAGCCUUAGGUCAGGGAGCUUUUGGUGAAGUUUAUCAGGGAUUCCUUCAUAACAUGCCCGGAGAGAUCACCGAUGAAUUACCAGUUGCUGUGAAGACAUUGCCUGAGUAUUCGGCCAAUAAUCAGGCGGAAAUGGAUUUCCUUAUGGAAGCGCUCAUUAUGUCUAAAUUUAAACACAGAAAUAUUGUUCGCUUUAUCGGUGUUUGCUUUGAAAAAAUGCCCCGUUUUAUAGUCCUUGAACUGCUGCCCGGCGGUGAUCUCAAGACAUUCCUCCGUGAAUCUCGUGCCACAGCCGGCAAACCUUCGCCACUAGUUAUGGGAGAUAUUCUUGUUAUCGCUUUGGACAUAGCCCUCGGCUGUCAGUAUUUGGAAGAGAAUCACUUUAUUCACAGAGACAUUGCGGCCCGAAAUUGUCUCCUCAGCACCAAAACUAAAUCCCAAAUGUCUGCUACUAUUAAUAAUAUGAAUCCAAUGUUUAAUAUAACUAAUUAUAACAAUGGAUUUAAUAACAGCGGAAUUGUUGUUAAAAUUGCUGAUUUUGGUAAGAAUAGACAUAUAUAGAGCUGAUUAUUAUCGAAAAGGUGGUAAAGCUAUGCUUCCGGUCAAAUGGAUGCCUCCCGAAGCCUUCUUAGACGGCAUAUUCACAUCGAAAACAGACGUUUGGUCUUUUGGUGUGUUAUUAUGGGAGGUGUUCUCAAUGGGAUAUAUGCCAUAUCCCGGUCGGGGUAACCAAGAAGUCAUGCAAAUGGUGACAGCGGGCGGCAGACUUGAGGCGCCCAACCCUUCAACACCCCC